UCCCGGCCUGGACCCCUCUACUGACUACAUUCCCCAGGAUACCGCGCGCGCCGCCACCGCCGGAAGAAGCGUGUGCGCGUGCGCUGCGCCCCCGCCCCCGCCCCCGGCGGCGCGGUGCAUUGUGGGAGAGUUGGCAAUCACCAUCAUGGCGGCUUCCAUUUCGGGCUACACCUUCAGUGCUGUGUGUUACCACAGCGCCAACAGCGACGCGGACCACGAAGGAUUUUUACUAGGAGAAGUAAGACAAGAGGAGACGUUUAGCAUCAGCGACUCACAAAUCAGCAACACUGAAUUUCUGCAAGUAAUAGAAAUCCAUAAUCAUGAGCCUUGUCCAAAGCUUUUUAGCUUUUAUGAUUAUGCUGGAAAAGUUAAUGAAGAGAGUUUGGACAGGAUGCUUAAAGAUCGAAGAAAGAAUGUCAUCGGGUGGUACCGCUUUAGGAGGAACAGUCCACAGCAGAUGUCCUACAGAGAGCAGAUCCUCCACAAACAGCUGACACACAUUCUGGGGGCACCCGACCUCGUCUUCCUCCUCGUCAGCUUCAUCUCCACUGCAAAUAAUUCCACUCAUGCUUUAGAAUACGUACUUUUUAGGCCAAACCGAAGGUAUAAUCAAAGGGUGUCACUCGCUAUCCCCAACCUGGGCAACACCAGCCAGCAGGAGUACAAAGUUUCUUCAGUGCCAAACACUUCUCAGAGCUACGCCAAAGUGAUUAAGGAGCAUGGUACUGACUUUUUCGAUAAGGAUGGAGUGAUGAAGGACAUCAGGGCAAUUUAUCAAGUGUAUAAUGCGCUUCAGGAAAAAGUUCAGGCAGUGUGCAUAGAUGUAGAGAAGAGUGAGCGAAUGGUCGAAUCUUUUCAGGCAGAGGUGAACAAAUUAAAAAGACAGAUCACUCAGAGGAAAAAUGAAAAGGAGCAAGAAAUAAGAUUGCAGCAGGCCUUAUUAAACAGGCAAUUGUCUGCGGAAAGUUCGGAGCCAGGGUUCGGUGCGAGGCUGCCAUAUUCUGGGUUUGAGGUAGAAGGCAGCGCCCUUGGAGAUGCAGAGCCCUCAGACCCACCCCCUCCUUAUUCAGACUUUAACCCAGCCUGUCAAGAGAGUACUUUGGGCCACUCUCUCCUGGAGAGCAGCAUCUUCAUGCCUCGGCCACAGGCGGUAGGCUCUUCCAGCUUUGUUUCCACGAAUGCAGGAUUGAAGUAUUCUGGCAAUGGAGCAGCCCUGCCUCUGUCCCAAAGAGCAGUUGGAGACAGUGUGGAUGACUCAGAAGACAGUGAUUAUGGCCCUGCAGGGCCCUCUCCUAGCGAAUACUCACACACUCGGGGUUCCCGACCAACAACACAUCCUGACGGAGACUCCAGGAACACUCAGACCUCUCAGAUAUGACAGAACACCGCAGACUCUCAGUGGAGCACUGUUUCUCUUAACUCUUGUCGAAAGUCUUUUGGGGGACUUAAUUUCAGAGGAAAAAAAAAACUGCUUUGCAGAAGUGGAGACUCCCUGAGGAGGCUUCUUGUGCACAGAAGGCGCGCAUAGACUUGCCUCGUGAUACAGUUUGCAAGUUUCGUAAUGGAAUCCUUAGGAUAAUCAAGUUGUACUAAUACUGAUGAGAUCCAUGGAUGUCUUGGUCAAUUAGGCAAAGUGAAAUUUAUAGAAACCUUUUAGUUUGGGUUGCCGUAUUUUCAUUAAAAUAAAUUGGGAAUUGGAGACUAAGCACAAUUAGUCUAUAAAUGUCCUAUACAAAUCAAAAACUUACCUCUUGCACUAUCAUGCCUUGAAAUUUAGUUUUUGAAAGGGAAACAGGUUCAGCAGUAGCCUUCAAAGAAACUUUCUACGAUGAGCCAAAUUAUUCUUUGCCAGAAAAGAAAUUUUGAUAAUUUUAAGAAGCCUGAUUUGGAACACAUCAGAUGUACCUUCUCCGAGCUGCAUGCCCUUUUGAGAUCAAAAGGGAAGGGUUUGGUUUCAACUUUUUUACUAGCCGGAUGUGUGUAUCACUUAAAAUGGUUGCCUUUUUAUGUAGGAAUACUAAUUCCCAGUAAACAAUCACCCACGGAAGUAGGUCCUAGAGUUCUUGUGUGCAAGUUUGGCGGGCUCCAGUGACGGUGCCGCUGCCUGAAGAUGGAGGGCACACGGAGUACGAGGAUGCCUUGGGCGUCUUACCGAGGUUUUACAACAAAGAGAUUCCAAAUGUGAUUUUUUCCCAGAGAUUAUGUGUAAAGGAGGUAAUUGAUUAAUGCCUUUGGAUGCAAUUAUUAAUGUAAUUUUAUGUAAGGCCUAUAGAGGAAGGGCCUGUUUGGUUAUCUCGGUGAUUAAAGAUUUGUUUUGCAUUUGAAGAAAGUACUUACAAGGGAAAAAAGUUGCCAUUUUGGAGACAAAGUGGUGUGCGUGUGCGUGCGCGUGCGUGUGUGUGUGGGUGUAGAUUUUUAUAUUGGGAUGCACUUAGGCUAUUAUUUAAUUACCACUUAUCUUCUCAUUUUGCCCAAACGAUGUGAAAUGGGGCCCCUGAAAUCCCAGGGGCUUUUUGGUUCUGAGCUUGCAGAUGACAAAACCUGCCAUUAGCCGUGAGGUGAGCACCUGUGUCGGACGCUCUGAAACACAACUGCCUUUCCUUUGACCUCCGUAAAAUGUACAGGAGCAAAGACGUCACCAGAGCGACUGUUAAAAGAGCUGGUUCUCAUGGCUCCUGCUCCUGGGCUGAUGAGAUGAUGUGGCCUAAAGAGUGACGUGCUCGAGCUCCUGCUUCGGAUGUCCCCCUUCCUGUUGAACGGUCUCCAUUUUGUCGAGGUUGCGUUCUUUGUUCGCCUUAACACGACUGCAGUUUGGCUUGGAAUAUCGUAGGCCAUUUUCGGACAGACUUGUUUGGUUUCACUGUCUGCUCUCCACAGACAGCUCUGGGCUGGUGGAUGGGAGGAGACAUGCUGCCACCCUCCCCUCAGGUCAGUUUUCUUCACCAUAGGAAAAUAUUUUUAUUUUGAUGCCGCACAACAGUCUGCAAUGUACGCCUGACAAAGCCGUGAAUGUGACAAUAAAAGCCUAUUUAAUCCUGUA